GCCGAUCGCCAGAACAGAAGGAAGAGGAUUAUUAUUUGGGUUAGCCAGAUUUUUCGUCUUUUUGUCAUUCACAGGACAAAUAAUUCUGGUAGAAUAACUUACAGGAUCAAGAAUGAAUUAAUACACAUAAGUUGCCCGAGUCAGCAUCCAAGCACAAUCAAGUCUACUAAAGGAGUAAAAUACAAAGAUUUUAGAAAUCAACAAAAAAAACUGCAAAAUGUUGCUGUCGGAACGGCAAAAGGAAGAUUUAAACAAGGCGAUUGCUGACUACCUGAGUUCUAAUGGAUAUAUGAACGCUUUCGAACAUUUCCAGAAGGAAUCUGGCUUGCCUAGUGAAAUUGAAAAGAAAUAUGGCGGGCUUCUGGAGAAAAAAUGGACAUCCGUUAUCCGGCUUCAAAAAAAGGUCAUGGAAUUGGAAGCCAAACUUGCUGAAGCUGAGAAAGAGUUCAACAUUGGUGCUCCUAGCCGUGACAAGCGAAGUCCCUCCGAGUGGAUUCCACGACCACCAGAGCGAUAUGCCCUGAGUGGACAUCGAAGCCCAAUCACCAAAGUUCUCUUCCACCCUGUGUUCAGCGUGAUGGUCACAGCUAGUGAAGAUGCCACCAUUAAGAUUUGGGAUUUUGAAGCUGGUGAUUACGAAAGAACACUAAAAGGACAUACGGAUUCAGUGCAGGAUGUUGCAUUUGACCAUACAGGAAAAUUUUUAGUGUCGUGUUCAGCUGAUAUGGCUGUCAAGCUGUGGGACUUCCAGGCUUAUGAAUGCAUCAAGACCUUGCAUGGUCAUGACCACAAUGUUUCGAGUGUGGCUUUCAUGCCCAGUGGAGACUUCAUUGUGUCCUGUUCCCGGGACAAAACUAUCAAAAUGUGGGAAGUGGCUACUGGGUACUGCGUGAAAACGUACACUGGGCAUAGAGAGUGGGUGCGCAUGAUACGUGUGUAUCAUGACGGGUCCUUACUGGCCAGCUGCUCUAAUGAUCAGACUGUUCGUGUGUGGGUUGUGGCCACCAAAGAGUGCAAGGCCGAGUUACGAGAACACAAACACGUGGUGGAGUGCAUCGCCUGGGCGCCAGAGUCCGCACAGCCUGCCAUCUCCGAGGCUGCAGAAACUGGAGGUGGAAAACAAAAACGAACUGGACCCUUUCUGAUAUCUGGAUCCCGGGACAAGACUAUUAAGAUGUGGGACAUCAGUGUCGGCAUCUGUCUGUUCUCAAUGGAGGGACAUGACAACUGGGUCCGAGGACUGGUGGUGCACCCAGGAGGCAAGUUCAUCCUGAGUGCUUCGGAUGACAAGACGCUGCGAAUCUGGGAUAUCAAAAACAAGAGAAACCACAAGACCCUUGAGGCCCACUCUCACUUUGUAACUUCCUUAGACAUGCACAGGAGUGCUCCCUAUGUGAUAACGGGAAGUGUCGACCAGACAGUAAAGGUGUGGGAAUGCCGUUAACGACGGCUAUCCAUUAGUUAUGGUACUGGAAGAACUUAUCUGAAUGCAGGUCACAGGGAGAUAGUGGGGCAUUACAACGUACUAACUCUAGAUAUCAGUAAUCACGUUCCGACAGGCAAGACAGCACAAGUGGCGAAGAUCGGCCACUUACAUUGUCUUUCCUUCCCUGGCAUUAGAGAUGAAAUAGUACAGACUGGGCUAUUAUGAAACCAAAGAAAACUGCUAAUGAAUCCCAGUAAUUAGUUGUUUCAUCUCAAAUUAAAAAUUAAAAAAUAAAAUAUACGUAUAUAUCAAUACUUGAAAGAUCUUUCGGCUGAAUUGGAAGUUUAUUCAACAAAAUAAUAACUUUUUUAUUUGAAACUUUCGUAUUACUUUAACAGUUGAAAGUUUCUAUUUGAUUAACGUUGUAAUCCAUUUUAUAUUUAUUUCGGACCAGUCAUUACUCAUGUCUAGAAUUGUGUAUUCAAAUAAGACGGUGAGGUGAUAAGAAAACACAUUGUAUGCUGUGAGUUGUUCUACCAUAGCCAGACUACGCUCUGUGAAACUGCUUUGCUUGUGUGAUAAUUGUGCUUUGCAAAACACAAAACAAAACAAAAACACAUAAAGACAUUGGCAACCUGUACCCAACACUUUGUCGGACUGCGAUACUAAAGGAAUUCGUGGCAGAAUUUGCUGAUCACAUUGUAAAUGUGUGUUCAACUGUGUAAACUUGUAGUGGUGUCCGCUUUUAACAUUGUAUGUCCCUGCUCUUCAAAGAUAACUGCAUUCAAUCUAGUUUUGUGUUAGAAGCUAAUCACUCGAUAUUGACCUGUUGACCUAUUAUUAAUCACGUGUGUGAAUAUGAUUUUUUGUUUUGUAUUCGAUGUAGCUGUAUAUUGAUAGGAUCUCAAGAGUUUACAGAUUCAUUCAGCACCAGUUUCACUUUCUCCGCUAUUGUUGCAGUGGCAAUGCAACUUUUUCAUUACAGAUUGAUCAAGUCAAAUAAGAGAAUGAUGGUGUUAACAGCUUAAAACAUGGUCACUAAUGAGAUUGUGGAGUUGAUAUACUUUUAGGCCUACCUGAAAGUUACUGGAUCUUCAAGGGUGUAUAUAGCAUUCCAUACAUCAAUGAUUUAGACCAAGAUAAUAUUAACUUUUGCAUUUGUCAUUUCAGUGUUCUUUUCUUUCUGUUUUUAAUUCUAUUUCAUCUGACAGGGCAAUUUAAGAUGUUUGUCACUCCACAACAAAUAAAUUGAAUUUAGCAAAUAUAUAUUAUAAGGAAUUUAACAACUACUUGUCUGUUUAAUUAGCAGUAGCACUUGGAGGUAGACUAAAAAUCAUGAUGUUGAGUGGACACCAUUAAACAAAAUGUAUUUCGGUUCGAACUGAAAUUGAGUAUUUCUUCAUACAAAUUUUGCUUUGGCAUGUGAUCAAAUGUCUAAUUGGUUUCAUGAAUUAAGAAAAUUAUUAAUUAUCCUUACAUUUUUUAACUUUUGGUUUGUACAUGGUAAUAGAUAUUGAAGCUACAGUUUGUGAUCACACCAUUGCUGAAUGAUUUUUGAAAGUUCAUCAUUCUGAUGUCAUCUUGUAUAUGUUUUUCUAAUGAUUUCCUCCUCUUUUUUUUUUCCUUUUUUUUCUUUUUUUUUUUAAUGAUCAUUUACGGUACAUGUGAAAUGUUCUGCUGAAUAGAAAAUAGAAGAUUUGGUUUAAAACUGAAGUUAGAGAUGUUUGUGUUGAUAGUUAAUACAUAGUCAUGCAGUCUAAUGCACAGUGUCUUAGAGAACAGUCCUAGAGGGGAAUUAGCAUAGGCAGGACCUUGCUGGUGGUGUUGAGCAUGGGGCAGGUCCUAUAUAGAAUUAGUCUGUAGCAUGGGGCAGGUCCUAUUUUCAUGACAUAGGUAGCUGCAUUCAUUUGGUAAUUAGCCUGAUGCAGGGUAGUUAAACAGUUGCUGUUGUUUUGUAUGUGUUUUUGUGUGUGUAUCCACCAGUGUACCUCAUUUGGCACCAUUGGCUUCAUAUUUAUAAUAUGAUAAUAUGCUGUCAUUUUGGUUUAUUAGCCACCAUACAUACUAUUUUCUAUUUUAAAAAAACCCUACAAAAAUAUCCCUCAUUCCUAUUUUAGGAUAUAAAAAAGUCAACAUGCGAUGAACUUUUCAUACAAGAGAAAUUUAAUAUUCACCAUAAUUUUUUUUUUAUUAAUCAAGGUAGUGAACAAAAAAAGAUUCUCUUCAAAGCUGCAUUGAGAUUAAAUUCAAGUUCGCUGUCAGUCAAGAAAUAAUCUAUUAUGAAUACUGUAUCAUGCAAAUUUGUAUGUUAUAGAUUAUCUUAUACCUCCCUGUUCCAUUCCCAAAUCUGACACAAUUUUGGAUCGGCUGUUGCUGCCUGAAAGAACAAUUGUUUGAAAAAGGCAAAACGUCAAAAUUGUCAGACAUCUGACACGUCUAGCAAAGUUAAAGGCAAUGGCUGUGCUUUUCAGCUGGCUAAUGCCUGAUAAUGCCAGAGGUGGCAAGAUGAAAGAAAAGGAACUUAAAUAAAUAAUCCUGAGCUGUGGUUAGUAUGAUGGACAAAAGUUGUUGGAAUGUCCUGUAGACCACCUCAACAGUUCACAAGUAGAUUUACACUUAUUUCUACUUCAGUAACCUGCUAAAGGUGUAUUCUGACAAUGGGACUUGUAACAGAGCAACUUGUACUGCACAUGUUGUGCAUCUGUGAAGCACAUUUACUGGUGAAAACUAGUUAGAAUUUCCUUAUUAGCUCAUUUGGUAGAGCAUUCGACUUGUGCACAGUGGUUCCCUGGUUUGGAUUCUAUAGUGUACAUAACUAGUGCUGUAUAUAGUAGCUAUUAUGGUUGUAAACUACAAAUAUCGAACGAGCUGGAAAUGAUUAGAGCAUCCCAUUUUUUGUAUGGCUAAUCAUGAGCUCUGAACCAAUCAAAAUGUACGUUAACAAUUGUUGUGACAAGAAGCAUCAUGAGAAUGAACCAUAAAGCUUACAGAUACAAGACAUGAAUAGAAAAUCCAUACAGCAAACAUAUUAGUUGCACGUAGCAUGUGAAAUAUUUCUUUCCAAAGGAACCAGUGUAGCGGUUCCCUCAAAAGAACAGUCACCAGUAUAGAUUACAUUUUCGAGAUGUAUAUAGAAAAUCCAAUACAGCAAACGCAUAUUUGUUCGCCAGCAUUACUUGCAACAGUUCAUUUAACCUUAAACAUUUUCCCUUGUAAAGGAACUAGUUUACCGGUUCUCCCAAAAGAACUAUUGCACCGGUCCAGAUUACAGAGCAGCAGAGUUGCAUGUUGUAGAUUGGAGUUUGUGUAUUAGAUUGGAGUUUGUGUAUUUUUAAUUUGUUCAUUCUCGUAGUACUUUUUUGUGUGUGUGUAUGUUAUUGAUGUUGUACAUGUGUAUAUAUAUAUUAUGUAGAUUACCUCCUUGUCUCAGAUGCUGUUAUUGUACAUACACUGUUGUUAAGUUACUACUGAGACGGCUUUGUAAUUUAUUUCAGGUUUAGUGCUGCCCUUGAAGUAUAUAUACAUACAUAUAUAUAUAUAGUUGAUUAUUCAGUACUGUUCCAACAUAACCACUUAGUUUCCUUUGUUUCCCAGUGCAUAGCUGUUACUUAAUUAUAUUUGUGCAUUAAAAAAAAUUGCAACUAACAAUAAUUUCAACUUGUGAGGAAAGUGUCUCUCUUACGACUUUUGUUUUGUUCUGUAAAGAAAAAAUUGCUUUGUUAGAUUUGUUUCUGUGUGGGGUUUUUUUUUUUUUUUUUUUUUUUUUAUCUCUGCAUAUUUUGCUUUUUGGCUGUAAAUAAAUAAUAUAUGUUAAAGUUGCAAUAAUUGCCAAAGUGUCUUUCUUUCAACUCCAUGAUCUGACAAAGGACAAUAUCUAUUUUAAAAAAAGAAAAGAAAAGAGAAAAAAUUCUGAAUAUUGUUAUAAAUGUGAGCAGUGAACUAAUGACUUCUGUAAUGAUAUAUUUUUUAAUUAUGUCAUUGCAUGUUUGUCAGAUUGUGCAUUUAUCACAGACUACUGAGAUUUUCAUUGUGAUUACUCGUUUGGGUGCAUGAAAAAUAGAAGCUUAUGAUGAUUAGUUGUCACAGAUAAAUUACAUUUAAAAAAAUAAACGUAAAGCUGUUAAGACGAGACCAAACACCUGUGACAUUUAACUUGAUAGUGUGUUUUUGUUUAGUUUUUUUAAUGAACAUGCUAUUUAUGUAAAAUCAUUUAUAUCCAAUUUACUUUGAGGUUAGGUAGACAAAGAAAUAUUUAGAGGUCCUUAACUUUGUAAUAGCAAUGUGGUAGACAUAAUUAUUUUUGUGUUGCUGUCUGUAAAUCAAAUUUAGUUUCAUUAAGAGACACAGAUUUAACUUCUUGUUUUUGACCAAGGGUUUUCUGGUAAUUUUGGACGAGAAAAAAGGGAUCAUGUUUGUACUACACCAAAUGGUACUAACCAUUCUUCAACGUUUACGGUCUUGAUAAGACAUUUAUCUUCAGUUUGCUAAAAUAAAAUUGAUGAUCCACAUUUUGUUUUCCAUAUACAGUUGAUAUUGAAUAAUAUGAAAUGUACUUGAAAAAUAAAAAUGAAUGUGUAUGAAAUUUACAUCACACUGUGUGGGGUGUGUGUGUUUAGAUACUAUUCCCCACCUACCCAACUUUUCAAAAGCUAAAAAGAUGGUUAAAUAAGAAGUUACGUUUGUGUCACCAUAAUAGGAUUGGGAAAUAUGUUUGUGUAUAAAAUGUAGUGCUUUUAAAUAAUCAAAAUUCUUUGCACAUUAUUGUUAUUCUUUGUAUCAGGGACAAUGUUCUUUAUCUUCUGUUAUACUCUGCAUUUUUUUUUUCAUCUGGAAAUUCUGGUAGGCCUAUUCAUAUAAACACCCGACGUUUUGAAGACAGUUUUGUCUCCAUUUUUUAAUUAGAGACUUCGAUGUAAUUCGUUGAUCUAAUAAGAUUUAAAAUGUUUAAUUUACAAUUUCAUUUUUUAAAUAUAUUUCGUAAGUGUUUAGAAGUAACAUAAUGUAUAAAAUUAACAAGUAACACCCUGGAACACAGAAUAAUCUCUCUUUUUUGUCUUCCUUUUUUUUCUACUUUUUUUUUUUCUUCUACUUUUUCCCCCCUUCUUUAAACCCCCCCCCCCCCCCCCCAUGAUAUCAUAUUCAGUUAAAUAAGUAGUCAGUAGCUGUAUAAGCUUGUAUCCAGAAAAAGAACCAGUGAAAUAGCUCAACCAAGAUUAGGUAAAAAGGAGACUAUAAUUUAGUGUGUAAAUGAAAAUAAUCCAGAUAUUUACUAGUACCGUAUUUGAGUUCAUUUGCUGUAACACGUGUUCAGAUUACUGUGCAUGUUGGGCAUUCCAUUCCAGAUUAUUUAUUUCCAUCAUCAGCCAUAAUCACCAUCAUCUGACAAUAGCCUGUGUUUUUCCUUGCAAUCCUGAAGUGAAUAGCUUUUUCCGUGGUGUCCUCGGCUUGUAAAGUGUUUGAAAUUCUUACCAAGAAGUAGUGGCCAACAGCUGUGACUAUGAUGCCUCUUUUGCAACUUUACGUCUAGCAUGGUACCAACAUAAAAUCGUUUGGUAAUUUUAUAAAGACGACAUAUCUCGGAGACUAACCAACUGAUGCAUAUGGGUAUUACAUCGAGGGAGUGUAUAACGGUCCAGUGCUGCCAUGGCUUUCUUCGAAUGGCACAAUGGCCUGGAAUCUGCUUCCUGUCCAUUGUGGUGGGCCAUGGUCUGUGAACAUAAUUACUGAAUGUGCACUCUUCCAAAAUGUAUGACCUUUAUGUUAUAUUUCCAGUGGCGGAUCUAGAAAAUCCAUUGGGGAGGGGGGCAAUGACAUGAGGCGGAAUGUCAAUGGAGGUUUGGGGGAAUCAUAAUAAUCCUAUUAUGGCCCCGCGGCCCCCCCCCCCCCCCCCCCGAUCCUCCUCUGGUUUCUGCCUAAAAAAUAUAAUAAUGUUUAAAAAUAUUGUUGGUAAAGAAUUGAUGUAUUUGCUACUUCAUUAUGUAAUAUUUCUGCAUAAAAGAUUACUUUAAGUGCUUUAAAAGAUCGUUGGUAAAGAAUUGGAUGUAUUUGCUACUCCAUACAUUAUUGUAGCCUAUUUCGUUUUUAUUUUGAGAUGAUGUACAUGUGCCGAAAUGGUCCUACACAGAAUUAAGCAUCAACACCGUGUGAAUAAUUACUUCAGUUUUACGUUUACUAAAGGUAUUUGCUGUUACAGACAGUAAACAACCCAUGUCAGUCAAAUUUCUGUCUUUCAAAGUUUAUAUUUUCGUGGAGACGUAUCAGUUUCGGGAUUGCAUGAAAGUAGGGCCUGUGUUUUUCACAGACAGCCGACUGGGGGAAUUCUGGAGAGAAAGUGAUAUUUCGCUUUGUUUCGUCACCAUUCUUUCUCUUCCGUUUUGAUUCCAAAGCAGGCUAUUUAGUUGAUCAUUGUUGUAUCAAUUAUUUAAUGUACUAUUGUUGCCUACUUGCUGAGUAGUCAAUUGGUGAAUAUAAAUAUAUGAAAACCAUC